GUUGAUUUGCCAAUUGAUUCGUGUUUACAGAAAGUUGCAGCUGCAUCUGGUGACAUGCGCAAAGCACUUUCUGUUUGCAGAUCUGCAGUUGAGGUUCUGGAAGCAGAAGUAAGAGACUCUACAAAUAACAUGGACUCAGAUACUCAAGGAAAUUCAGUUGUGAAAAUUGAUCACAUGGCCGCUGCUUUAUCAAAGGCACUCAGGACACCAGUAAUCGACACCAUUCAAUCCCUUCCUCAGCAUCAACAAAUAAUCCUAUGCUCAGCAGUUAAGUUCUUCCGUGGAGGAAAGAAGGAUACCAUAGUGGGAGAGCUAAACAAAUCUUACGUCGAGACAUGCAAAUCAAGAAUGAUUCCACCGGUUGGAAUUUCCGAGUUUCUGAGUAUGUGCAGAGUGCUGAAUGACCAGGGACUAGUGAAACUAGGACAGUCUCGUGGUGACGAUAAAUUGAAGAGGGUGAUA